ACUCUCAACUCUCUGUCUCCCUCUCAACUCUCUGUCUCUCUCUCUCGGUUCUAUGUGACUUGGAAUGUGGAUUCUUCAAGAAAGCAACAAUUUCUCCUUCACAUUCCUUUAAAAUUCUCAGGAACAAUCCAUAAGAAUUAAAGUGGAUAGAUUUCUCACCAAGCCGAAAAAUGGUGAACCAAGUUCUAGUGCUAGUUGGCCAUCCAUGAGUUCACAAAUUGCUCCGGAAGUUCAAAGGGGGACAAAUCUUUCUCUGCUUUCAAAUGUGAAUAAAGUGUUUGACUUGAAAUCGUUUGAAUCGGAUCCGAAAGAAAGAAUGCCAAUCUCGGAUUAUGGUCCUAAUAUUCGAGAUGAAGUGAGGAGAUAUUAUAUAAACAAAGGGCCUUGUCAAUCGAUUGGUCAUGCCUUUCCUAAAACUAAGAUUGGGAGUAAAAUGCGUCAAUUUAGUCCCACUUGGUUUAAGGGACCAUAUUCUCAAUGGUUGGAGUAUAGCAUAAAAGGAGAUGCGGCAUUUUGCUUGUGUUGUUAUUUGUUUAAGAAUGAACUUGAAAGCCGUGGAAAUGCCGGGGAUGCAUUUACAAAAGAUGGUUUUAGGGGAUGGAACAGGGGUGUGGAAAGCUUAAAAGCACAUGUUUGUGAAGUAAAUAAAAUCCAUCACAAAUGCUUCAAUAGGAUGCUAGAUUUGAAAAAUCAACGUCAAUCAAUUCAAUCUUCUUUUGAUAAGCUAAGUGAAAAAGUAAAAAGUGAUUACCGGAUAUGCUUAAAUGCAUCAAUUGAUGUGGCAAGAUUUCUUUUAAGAUCGGGAUUUCCAUUUCGUGGACAUGAUGAAAGUGAAGAAUCCGAAUAUAAAGGUGGCUUUCUUGAACUUUUGGAAUGGCAUGGAGAUCGACAUCCGGAUGUGGGAAGAGUAAUAUUACGUCAUGCUCCACAAAAUGAUAUGAUGAUUUGUCCAACAAUUCAAAAAGAGAUUGUGGAAGCUUGUGCUAAAGAAACAACUAAAGCUAUUAUUGAAGAUUUGGAUGGUGAUUAUUUUGCAAUAUUAGUUGAUGAAUCAAAGGACGUCUCACAUAAGGAGCGAAUGGCCUUAAUUUUGCGAUAUGUCAACAAAAAUGGAAUGGUGAUAGAGCAAUUCUUGGGUAUUGUCCACGUGAGUGAUACUUCUUCCUCAUCAUUACAAAAAGCAAUUUAUUCUUUGCUUUUGGAUCAUUUUUUAAGUAAAUCCAAGAUACAUGGACAAGGUUAUGAUGGAGCUAGUAAUAUGCAAGGAAAAAUAAAUGGUCUCAAGUCUUUAAUUUUACAAGAUACUCCAUCUGCAUAUUGUAUUCACUGUUUUUCUCAUCAAUUGCAACUAGCACUUGUAGCUCUUUCUAAAAAGCAUUCGGAUGUGGAUAAUUUAUUUUAUGUUGUGACUAAUGUUUUGAAUACUAUUGGGUCUUCAUUUAAGCGCAUGGAGUCACUUCGACAACAUCAAGCAGACAAGUUGGAAGAGUUGCUUAAAUUUGGAGAAGUCUAUACGGGGCAAGGUUUGAAUCAAGAACGCGGUUGCACGCUGCAACGGAAUUUAAUUGAAAGAUAUAUUGCUGGAGCGGGUUGCACGCCGCAACGGAUUUUAUUUGAAGUUUAUAUUGUUGGAGCGGGUUGCACGCCAGAACGGAAAUAA